AUGACGUCAAAUCCUCAAACCCGUCCGGUGGAAGAUUUGAGCCCAGCUCCAGCCGCGCAUCUAAACUUAUCACCGUUUGAGGAGCUUGCGGUGUCGCUAAAAGUAGACACGGGUAGCUCGAACGAUGCGAAGCAAGCUGAUUGGUGGCGCGUCAGCCAAAAGUUCGAGAAGCUCGUUGUCAAAGGCGCCCAGCUAUCUAAACUGAUGAUCGCAGAACCAUCAGAAUCGACUGAAAGUCUAUUCACAGCUGUGCAGGAUCUCCAAGAAUGGGGGUACGAAGAGGACGAAUUUACGUACCCAGAUACCGCAAAGGAAUGGUUCUGCGACAUUCUGUGGCUCAUUGGACUAAAUGGAGAGUUUGAUGAGAAUGAAGGACCCAAUUUUUGCGUCGGCCACCAACGCGAGGACCCGAAAGCGGUGGGUGGUCAAGGCUGUGCAGCAACGGAAGCGUUGUUUUGCCAAGUCAUCAACCCCUCGGAUGGAAUUAUAGUGGCGUAUGACAACUACACAGCCCGAGCCAUGAUUGAAGAGUGCGGACGAUGCUACUCAGUUAUCCCGAAAUUGAAACACUGGUCGGAUGUAGCGUAUCUCCAAUGGCUGUCGAAAGCCAACGAGAAGUCAAACCUGCGUUACGUACUCCGACACAACGUCCUCAACGAUGUCACGCGCUUUGCCGUUACCUUUCUGUCGUUACAGGGCAGACUCGUUGUAAAAGAAUGGCCGGGGACAACAUACGGCGCAGGCUCAGUGGAGUUCAAUGCGUUAUUAGGCUCACCGAAUGGUUCCGGGGUCGCUUACCUCCUCAUACAGCAUAGGAAGGGACUAGGUCACAAGACUGUCGAUAAGGUUACUAUCUUCAAGGAGAAGUGGGAUGUCAUGUUGCUGUUUCACAUCACAGAUGUUGGCGGUGACGAUGCCGAACGCGUGUAA